AUGCUGACUUUAACGCUUCUCCUCUUGAUAUUGGCAGUAGGAGCACAAAUAGAAGACGAGGAAACGUACGAUCUGUUUAUACCAGACGAGCACCUUGCAGUUGGACCAAUGAUCGAACCGGCCCAAAACCCACUUUACACUGGAACUGAAAACUUUCCCAAUAAAGUUUCCUCAGUCACAUUAUCGCCAAAGCUCCAGGAUGUUCUCGAGGAUGACCUUUAUUAUUCAGGCUAUAAUGAGGAAGAAUCCAGUGGAGAUGAUGUCACAGAAGUACCAAACAACGAAGACUUCCUGACGUCUGCGCCUGUGCCCCGCGGUCGCAGCUGCAGCCUCUCUGUUCACAUGGGCCACUACACCACCCUCAUCUUCCUCAUCUUCCUCACCCUCCUGCAGCUGUAA